AUGAUUUCUACCAUCCCCCCUCCCCGUCCGGUCUCGGUCAAUUCACUGGCCAGAGCGUCAGCCUCGACAACCAUCCCCUACGCCAAAGCGAGUCGCUGCACCAGUGCCGAAAUUCAGAUUCUCGAUGGUCCCAUUAAUCCCCCGGCGGUGGGGCCUGGUCAGCUGGUCUGCCAGUCCCCGGUGGAUACCGAAAUGGAGGAUGCACGGAUAAGCGUGGAGACGCCUCAGGCCUGCCGAUCCCAAGUGCGCUUCGAAGACCUGCCCAUCGAGAUCCACGAGGCCAUUCUAGAUCAUUUGUUUGGCGAGCGGGCAUCGGCCUUCACGUCGUGCGCGCCCGGUAAGUCCGCGCGUAGUUGGAAUAAGUCGUUGCGUCAUCCCCGUCGAAAAGCGCUCUCCAAUUUGGCAUUGAUCACCCCUGUCUGGCGAGCACUGGUGCAGGACCGAAUUUACAGGCACAUCAAAAUCAAGGGUACUACAGAUGAAUUGGCAGAAAGUGCUCGCUGGUUCCGUGCACAUCCCCACCUGGCCCCGUACGUCCGCCAUGUCGAGAUCUGGAUCCCGGUAUGGGGAAAACGCGCCGUUAAGAAUACAUCGCACCAUUUUCCGGCCCGGCGGUUGCAUGACGAGGAUGCCGGCCUGGUCGAGCCUGGAGUGCCUCAAGCCAUCGCGUGGGACGACUCUGAUACCAACCAUAGCUCCGACUAUCGAUACCACUAUGCCAGUCAUAAUGCGACACUGGAGGAGAUGUUCUCCCACGUCAAAUCCGAAUUUCCCGAAGCACGCAUACUGACCCUGGAGGGAGGUCACUGUAAGCGACCGCCAAUGGUCCGCCAAUUCCGCGAUGAUCCAUGCGGCCACUCCGGACGGCGGCGUUUGCCUACGCUGCCAGUCGUCCAGACGUUUGUCAUGCGUGGAGCGUGGAAUAUCAUGCGCGACUAUCAACAUUGGUUGAACAUGUCACAAGCCUUACCGGGGGUGCGCGAGUGGCACUGCGCCUACGCCAAGCCCAAAUUCGAGGCCUACGAGACUGUCGCGGAGAUUCUCUCCCGCAUAUCCCCAUCACUCGUCCAUGUCAACAUCAGCCUGGAAGGCUUCUACAACAAGGACAACACACAAUCCGGCUGGAUGCACGAUGGAAUCAGCCCACCACAUCUCUGCCGCCUGCUUGGCGAGGCAGCCCCGCGGUUGGAGUCCCUUGCAUUUACGGGGAAGGUCUGCGCCUGUCUCUUCAAUGCAACCCGCAGCUUCAUGUCCACCUGGCCGGCCAAGUCCAAGCUCAAGUCGUUAGAUUUGGUGGUCAAGACCUGCUGUCGCGAAAAGCGGGCCAAUCCGGGACUCGGAUUUCUAGACGACUUUUCCGGCAUCACCAAUCUGAACUUUAUCCGCUCUUUUGAGAAACUCGUCCUCGGCGCCGUCCACAGCCUGCAGCUGCACACUGCCUUGACGUACAUGCGCAUCCGCUUCAUCGACCUGGAUUCAGCUUGUCCGCCACUGAACCCCUACUUCCAGCUGUCCGAUAACGAGUGCACCGGUUUGUGGAAUGAGAGGAUCCUCGAGACCUUGCAUGAGGCCCGUCCCCAGGCACACUAUGCAGAGCUUUCCGACGGCAUUUAUCCCCAGUAUGGACACAACCGGCAGAUCGUAGGGGCGGUGUACCCGCGAACUCGACCAUUAAGUAUCCAUGCAUCGACAUACAAAGUUAUUGCCGAUGUGUCCAAGCCAUAG